GCAGAACAGCAGCAGGCGAGGACGGCAGUGCCACAGCGCGUGAUAAACGACCGCACAGUGUAAAGGGUGUUCCUGAGCGCCGCUCCGUCUUUGUUUCGUUACACACGUCGCGCGGCCCUGCCAUGGCGGCUACAUCCAAGCGCGGAGGCGCCAAGUCGAAGAAGUUCGAGCUUACGGAGGAACAGAAGCAGGAGAUCAGGGAAGCGUUCGAUCUCUUCGACACGGAUGGAUCCGGGACCAUCGAUGCGAAAGAGCUGAAGGUGGCAAUGCGAGCGCUAGGCUUCGAGCCCAAGAAGGAAGAGAUCAAGAAAAUGAUCAGCGACAUCGACAAGGACGGCUCCGGCACGAUCGAUUUCCAGGAGUUCUUAGAGAUGAUGACAUCGAAGAUGAGCGAGAAAGAUUCGAGGGAAGAGAUCCUGAAGGCGUUUCGGCUGUUCGACGACGACGAGACCGGCAAGAUCUCGUUCCGCAACCUCAAGAGGGUGGCGAAGGAGCUAGGGGAGAACAUGACGGACGAGGAGCUGCAGGAAAUGAUCGACGAAGCCGACCGGGAUGGAGACGGCGAGAUCAACGAGGAGGAGUUCUUGCGGAUCAUGAAGAAGACAUCGCUGUAUUGAAAGAGACGUGCGCGUGCAUGCACCUGCAGUAGUUUUCGAUCUCGUCUCAUCACGUUUUCUCUUUCUUCUGCUAUUAUAGUGAAUCGAUUGUGGCACGUGGUUUUUCAUCUUUGGAUGUCUGACAUCAUUUCUUGUUCUACUUAUGAAACGUAGACAAACGCAGUAUUGAUGUUUUCGACCUCGUCUCAUGUCGGUUUCUUUUUUCUCUUUCGUUUUUAUUCUGGGCUAUCAAUCAACGUGUCCGGCCCGGUGGACGAAAGAGAAAGUAUGUGCUACUGUACAAACUCGACGGCGAAGUUCUAGGUGGUACAAGACCUAAUAUCGUUUGGGUUUCGAGAUCUCAUUGGGCAGUACAGCAGUUGUGCUUGGUGAUGCAGCUUCAACACCGGUUUGAUUUGAUUGGACGAGCAUGGUAGUGCGGCCGAAUGCCCGUCCUUGCCAUUGCCCUUAACUUCUUUUGACUUCACCAAAAAGUAGCGUUCGUUUCAUGUACAUAUAGGACGCGUGUCCGCUUGCUUGCGGCGUUUCUUUAAUGCAGGACUAAGUUGGACAACGUUUUCAGACAAGCGUUUUGAGGACAGAGAGAGAAUUAGUGGGCAUGGGUCGAAUCACUCACUCGCGCACUGAUGGAAGCGCCCGAUAGUAACGGUACUUUUGGCGCCAUUUUUUUUCUGCUACCCUCGGGAUACUUUCGUUUGAUUUCGGCAAGGCAUUGAAGUUGUAAAAGCGAAAGGUCUGCGACCUGGUAUGUAACUUCAAGUAAAUAUGGUCAUUCCUUGUGCUUCGUGAGUCGCGAUGCCACCCUCGAAAGAAUCAUGUUUCUUGAAACACGGCAAACCUAAACAACCAACUACCCCGGGCAACCAACCCCCGGAGCUGCUUGUACAUGAGGUAUGCUAUGUGAAUGAACAUCAAGGGGCAAACGAGCAUGGUUCAACAAGACAACAAGUAUAGAAACAAUGUUGACGGUGAACAUGGACCCAGCUCAACAAACCAGAGGGCUUGCUUGUCUUCGUGCAAUUAACUUUUCGU